GUUUUGUGCUUUCAUAAUCAUCGCUACGAGCAACACAGAGCCCUCGCUCUCCCUAGAAUAGAAUACAUUUUAUUUAUCAUGGCUGGUCGUCCUCCUUGUGAUGAACUUACCCUCGCUCAACACGAAAAUAAUGGGUUUGGACCACUCUUAAAGUCUCGCGGUAAAGCUGCAACAAUUGCUUCAGUUGUCAUUACCGUGAUUGGAGGAACGAUGUUACUGUUUGCUGUAAAGGAAAACGAAGAGAGAGAAGGAACGCAUUUCAUAUUAUUUACAGCAGCCUUGCUAACCUUAAGUCUGGUUCUCGGGGAACUUGUGCGAAGAUUUUGCCUGGUAUUUGAAGAGAUUCAACACAAAAACACGAGAUAUGAGGGAAAAUGGGAGCGGGUUUUGAACGCCACUCUUACUUUUAAACAUGGCAAAUGUAUUUUGGUCGCUGCCAUCGCUUCCACUCUAACACUGUUUUUCUUUUUGUUUGAACAUUACGAGGUUUUCUGUCGUCCACCCUAUGCCAUAUUGUUUUCACUCAACUGUUUCGUCGUUCCACAGCUGCUUUUCUUGGUGGGUCUCCGCCAGCCUUCUGCUGCUGAGAGAUCGGAAAUCAACGAACGAGAAAACAAGAACGUUGCCGAAGGACUAGCCUGGGGCUACUACUUUGGGUAUCUGAAGCUGGUGCUGCCAAGGCUGGAACGUCAAAUAGCAAAAUCAGAGAAAUUCCGCCUUCAGAUAAAACACAAAAAGCUUUUCAUCUUAGUACCUAAAUCGUGCUAUAUAUAUAGUGAAAUUGAAGAAGCAGAUUACAGGGUGAAAUGUGCCGGUAAUCUGCCGGAGAUCAAAAUCAACAGGGGAGGAAUUAAGGAGAGGAUUUACAAGCACACAGUACAUCAGGUAGAGAUGCUUCGCCCAGAUGGAACGACAGAGGAAUACCACUUAGUACUGGAAUACGCCACCCCUCUGAUGUCCUUGUAUCAGAUGUCUCAGAAUUCAGCUGCUCCGUUGAGUCACGAGGACCGAACACAUCAGGUGCAGUUAUUUAUUUUGAAACUAACGGAUAUACUGAAUAACUGUGAAGAAUGUAGAGGGAAGUAUAAAUUGGUGCCAAUUUCGGGAGAUGAAACAAGCAAGAUUGCAGAUGUUCUGGUUGGAAUUCAUAAUUCUUUUGAUGAAGAGUUGGACGAGGAAGCUUGUAACUAAAAGAAGCAAGAGAACAGAUCCUUGACUAUUGUAGAGAAAGUAAUACACAUUCUGUAUUGUUAUACAAGUUUUUUUUUUUUCAACGUAUCAAGUUUUAAAAAAUUGGAGCUCUAUAAGUAGUUAAAGCCGAGCCCUAUAAGAAGUUAAAGCGGAAAUCUGUAAGAAGUUAAAGUGGACCUCUAUAAGUAGUUUAAGCGGAGCUCCGCAACUAGUUAAAGAAGUGCGCUAUAAGUAGUUAACUUUUAUCCCCGCUAAAACCUGUAUUUUGGCUUAACUAGUCUGUUUUGGUUCCCUUAUCGUUAACUCCAAAGCAUACAAAGACUUUGACGCCCACUGUUUUAAGAUCCAUAUUUUCUUUAAUCAAAUCAUUUUCUUUUUUUAUGUAAAGCUCUAGAGAAAGAAGAACGAAUUUUUCAAUUCGAGCACCACAACGUCUAUACCGGUCCUAAGUCCGGGGGGGCGGAUCCAGGAUUAAGUCAAGGGAGGUUCGGAGAAUUGUCCGAGGGCAUGCCCUCCCGGGAUACUUUGAAAAUUAGGUCUUCAGAAUCAUGAUUUCUAGCAUUUUGAGGGAAAAUGUUACGGGGUCUGACUGAACCACCCAAACCACCCCUGGAUCCGCCCCAGGUUCGUGGUUCUGACACCACAUUUAAUUUAGCAUUCUAAUCAACGUUAUUUUAACGACUUCCUAGACGCUGUAAAAACGUUAUAUUACGAGCACUUCUAAAAGAUAUCGAGUUUGCAGCUGAAACGAUUGCCAUUUCAUUGUCAACAUCCCCAAAAUGUAUGGUCUUUUUCUUUUCACUUCUGUCUCUCUCCCCUUAACAGGACAAAUAACAUGCACAACCAUAAUUUUCAUUGAAUAACUUAGUUAUCUUUUUCGGUCAAUUUGGUAGCUUUCAGCCUCUGUCUAAAGACUUCUAACAGGUUUUGACAGGUUUCGAUGUUGUUGGCCGUUAUUUAUUUAUAUAUUCAUUUAAACCUUAAAUAAAUAGAUAGAUAACUACGUAAAUUGAAGCUCCCCUAAGGGGCUUUUGAGCCACAAUGCAAACUAACUAAGUGCUUAAAAAUCCCCACUGGCAGGAGGCAGACCAGUGGGCUAUUUACAGAGCGCAGCCGAG